AUGUCCGGUCGUCUACCUCCCAACAUCUACUACCAGCCGCCGCCGCCUCCCAAGCCCCAGACUCCCUCGCCUCCUCGGUACUCCAACCUGUGCGAGAACUGUAGGGUGAACGGCUGGCUCUGCAACGGCGCCAGACCAAUGUGCGACCACUGCACGGUUGCUCGUCGAACGAUUCUACAGUGCGUCUAUGCACAGCUCUCAUCAACCAGCGGCGGAGAUAGAUUUACAGUAGCAGGAGGUAGUGGUAGCAGUGGCAGUGGCAGUGGCGGCGGCAGUGGUGUUGGUGGUGGUGGUGGGACUGAGCCUCUGAGUAGACGAGAGCAGGCGGAUCGGAUUCCUAGGAGGUGGUAUGGUAAUCGACCGGAGGAUCAGCAGCCGCAGCAGCAGCAGGGCGGGGACAGUGGUGGAAGUCGCAAUCAUGGCGGUACUGGGCAGUCGCAACAACAGAGAAACAACACAUCUCCGACAGCUACCCGCCAGCAGCAGAACAAUCCUCCACAGACACCUCGGCGUGGCAACAAUCCUAGCUCUGUACCCGAUCAGCGCUCCAAUCAACCUUCCAACCAGCGUUCCGGUCAAGGCUCUGGCUCUGGUUCUGGUUCUGGUCAGCGCUCCAACCAAGUCCCUGCCCAGCGUUCCGGUCAAGGCUCUGGUUCUGACUCUGGUUCCGGCUCAGGUCAGCGCUCCAACAGACCUCCACCACAAAGUUCCCCUUCGACCUGGGCCGGCCCUCCAUCGACGAGAGGCAGCACCUUCGGCCCGCUCGGCAGCCCCGAUCAUCCUGUCCGUCGUCCACCACCACCAGCUGGUCCGAGCUUUGCCCGGCCGCCACCAGUUCCUCCCCUACCUGUUCUGCCGCCGGGGGAUCCGGACUUCGAGAGCUGGGCUUACAGCGACAAUGGUGGCAACGGGAAUGGCAAUGGAAAUGGAAAUGGAGAGGGGAGCGGGAACGGGAACGGGCGGUGA